AUGGAUGCCGCUCUUGGUCAAGCAGAGCUCGCCACUGCGGGCGAUAUCUUUGACGUCAUCAUCAUCGGUGCCGGCAUAUCUGGUAUCAACACAGCAUACUACCUCCAGGCCCACGGGCCUCCAGGGGCUUCAUACGCCAUUCUCGAAGGGCGUGGCGAAAUUGGCGGAACCUGGGAUCUCUUUCGUUACCCUGGAAUACGAUCAGACUCCGAUAUCUAUACCUUCGGGUUCUCAUGGAACCCAUGGAAAGGCGACAACCCUCUAGCCAGCGGCCCAUCCAUCAUGUCUUACCUGCAUGAGUCGGUGUCGAAGUAUGGUAUCGACAAAAAUAUCAAGUUUCACCACCAAGUCAUCUCGGCAGACUGGCAGUCAUCAGAGUCGCUAUGGACAUUACAAACAACUGGGCACGGUGAAAAGGUCAACUGUUUCAAGGCCCGUUUCGUCGUCCUAGGUACCGGUUACUAUGAUUAUGAGCAACCGCUGGCUGCGGAGAUCCCUGGCAUCAAAAGCUUCACAGGCCCAGUCGUUCAUCCACAGUUUUGGCCCGAAGAUCUUGAUUACCGGAACAAGCACGUGGUCAUUAUUGGAAGUGGAGCGACUGCGGUGACAUUGCUACCAAACAUGGCCACGGAGGCCAGUCGAACGACAAUGCUUCAGAGAAGCCCAACCUACAUUACGGGGCUGCCAACCCAGAAGAGCCUUCCCAGCAGGCUAAUGCUGUCUGUACUUCCGAGGAGUAUCUCGAGCCGAAUUCUGAGAGUUCAAUUCAUCUUGCUCGGUUACCUGCUUUAUUACUAUUGUCAGCUGUUCCCACAGUCAGCACGGAGAGCUUUGCUGGGACGCGCUGCCAAGGAGCUGCCCCCUUCAAUUCCUCUGGAUCCCAACUUCAGUCCCAAGUACAACCCCUGGCAGCAACGUCUUUGUGUGUGCCCAGACGCUGAUUUCUUCGCGGCGUUACGCUCUGGGAAGGCAGAUGUCGUAACCGACGUCAUUGACGUGGUGACCAACAACGAAAUUGUGUUGAAGUCUGGAAGAAUUCUCAAGCCAGACAUCAUUAUCACCGCAACUGGGCUCAAAAUACGGUUCGCUGGCGCGAUCUCCCUUUCUGUCAACGGAAACCCCGUGGAUCCGAACCAGAAGUUCGGGUUCAAGGGCUGCAUGCUCCAAGACGUGCCCAACUUGGCAUAUGUGUUCGGAUAUGCCAAUGCAUCUUGGACUUUGGGUGCCGAAGCUACAAGUUCAUACCUGGUUCGUCUUUGGCGGAGCAUGAGAUCGAAUGGCAUCCACUCCGUUACACCAUAUACUGUGGAUGCCAACAACAUGAAGCCCAAGCCUGUCAUGAGUCUCACCUCAACAUAUGUCAGACAUGCAACCAAGGUGUUUCCCAAAGCUGGAGAUGGGAUGUGGGCUGCCAGAAAAUUCUAUAUGCUUGAUCUCUGGCGGGCUAUGUUUGGGAACAUCUUUGCCGGAUUGAAAGUCGCAUAG